CUUACAUCCAGCCGGUCCUCGGUUUUUAUGCAGGAGAUUUAUUUGAAGAAACCAAACCAGAAAACGGGAGAACCUGUGAUUGAAGCCAGUUAGAGAGAAAAGUAGCCUCACAUCUGUUUCGUUAUCUCUCUAUCUCUCUCUCUCUCUCUCUUUUAUAUUUUAAAUAAUUAUCAGCCGGCGGAGACACUCAGGGACCGAGGGACCUACCAUGCAAAGCGCGGUGGACAUUGCGCUGACUGUGCUGCUCGCCGCGUCCCUGUCGUGCCGGAGCGCCCUCGGCGGCUACGGGGUGAGCCUGUUCGCGGCGCAGACUUCCCCCCCUGACCCUUGCUACGACGAGCACGGCAAAGCGCGCCGCUGCAUCCCGGACUUCGUCAACUCCGCCUUCGGCAGGGAGGUGAAGGUGUCCAGCACCUGCGGCAAGGCGCCCGGCCGCUUCUGUGUGGUGACGGCGGCGGAGAAGGGGAACGAGCGCACGAGGAACUGUCACACCUGCGACGCCUCGGAUCCCAAGAAGGGCCGCCCGCCGGCGUACCUGACGGACCUCAACAACCCGCACAACCUCACCUGCUGGCAGUCGGAGAACUUCGUGCAGUACCCGCAGAACGUCACGCUGACGCUGUCGCUCGGCAAGAAGUUCGAGGUCACCUACGUGAGCCUGCAGUUCUGCUCGCCCCGGCCCGAGUCCAUGGUGAUCUACAAGUCCAUGGACUACGGAAAAAGCUGGGUGCCCUUUCAGUCCUACUCCACCCAGUGCAGGAAGAUGUACAACAAGCCGAACCGGGCCGUGAUCACGAAGCAGAACGAGCAGGAGGCGGUGUGCACGGACUCGUACACCGACAUGUACCCUCUGACCGGCGGGCUCAUCGCCUUCAGCACGCUGGACGGACGGCCGUCGGCGCACGACUUCGACAACUCGCCCGUGCUGCAGGACUGGGUGACGGCCACCGACAUCAAAGUCAUCUUCAGCCGGCUGCACACGUUCGGCGACGAGAACGAGGACGACUCGGAGCUGGCGCGGGACUCGUACUUCUACGCCGUGUCGGACUUGCAGGUCGGCGGGAGGUGCAAGUGCAACGGGCACGCGUCCCGGUGCGUAAAGGACCGGGACGGGGGUCUGGUGUGCGAGUGCAAGCACAACGCCGCCGGGCCGGAGUGCGACAGGUGCAAGCCUUUCCACUACGACAGACCGUGGCAGAGAGCCACGGCCAGGGAGGCCAACGAGUGCGUCGCCUGCAACUGUAACCUCCACGCCCGGAGGUGCCGCUUCAACAUGGAGCUGUACAAGCUGUCGGGGAGGAAGAGCGGCGGCGUCUGCCUCAACUGUCGCCACAAUACAGCGGGGCGCCACUGCCACUACUGCAAGGAGGGCUACUACAGAGACCUGUCCAAGCCCAUCUCACACAGGAAGGCCUGCAAAGCAUGUGAUUGCCAUCCUGUGGGCGCUGCUGGCAAAACCUGUAACCAAACCACAGGACAAUGUCCCUGUAAAGACGGCGUGACCGGUAUCACGUGCAACCGCUGCGCUAAAGGCUACCAGCAGAGCCGCUCGCCCAUUGCCCCCUGCAUAAAGAUUCCAGUUGCACCUCCUACAACCCCGGCCAGCAGCACAGAGGAGCCAUCAGACUGUGACUCUUACUGCAAAGCAUCGAAAGGCAAGCUGAAGAUCAACAUGAAGAAGUACUGCAAGAAAGAUUACGCCGUCCAGGUGCACAUCCUGAAGGCGGACAAGGCCGGCGAGUGGUGGAAGUUCACCGUCAACAUCAUCUCCGUCUACAAGCAGGGCGAGAGCCGCAUCCGCCGCGGCGACCAGUUCCUGUGGGUCCGUGCCAAGGACGUGACCUGCAAGUGUCCCAAGAUCAAGCCCGGGAAGAAGUACCUGCUGCUGGGGAACAACGAGGACUCCCCCGGCCAGGGCGGAGUGGUGGCGGACAAAGGCAGCCUGGUUAUCCAGUGGAGGGACACGUGGGCGCGCAGGCUCAGGAAGUUCCAGCAGCGCGAGAAGAAAGGCAAGUGCAAGAAGCCAUAGGCGGGAAGAAAAAAAAAGAAAAGAUGGAGAGGAUGCCAGAGAGGAAGAAGAAUUCAAGAGGAAAAGCUGAGCGGGCGAUUAAAAAAAGGUUUUUAAAAAAUUCAAAAGAGGCAGACAGAGGACCACGGACAGACAAAAGACUGUUUAUGUCGCUGCUUUUUUUCCUUUCUCGUGUAGAAGCAUGAAGAGAAUUAUUUAGGAUUGAUUUGUUUUCUUUCUAGUGAACCUUGGUUAAAGAUGCUCACCUCGCAGAUUUGGUUUUUAUGGGUUUUUUACUUUGAGAUUUGCCUCUCAUGUGGAUUUGCCGAAUUUGCACCUAUUACCAGCAUAUAAAGUUAUUUGUGUUUGUUUUCCCUUUUUUUAUUUUUAUCUGAGUAUGAAAUCAUUAUAUUUUGUGUUUAAAUUGUAUGGAUUUGCUGGUGCAAAAAUGACAGUAAAAAAAAAAGCAAAAAAAAAA